UACCGUAGCGGAACUAAAGAUUUUACAAAAUAAAGAUUUUACCGCAAAAUUAUGGAUUUUAAUAUAUUUUACGGAACGAAGUAUUUUACCGCAUGCUGGCGGAUUUUGCCAAGAUUUUACGGUACUGUGGAUGAUUUCCUGGGAUUUUACCGGCCCGCAAAGCUACCCAACCAUGCAACACCACUGCCCGCCUCCCUCUCACGCAUAAGGGGCUAUGAGAAUCAUCACGACACGUCUCAAACUAAGAAUCUCCGAAUUGUAAACCCCCAUCUGGAAGCCAAGCCACCGAGACACGGCCUCCAAACAUUCACCAUUCUGUAGCAGCCGCAGAAUUCUUAUGAUUGAUGAAGGACGCGAGAGCAUUGCCGUAUAUGGUAUGGUAUGGCCGGCAGCUUGUCAAUGAAGCGGUGUUUGGUGUGUCCGGGGGAACAGCCCAAGGUACUUUUGGACGGAUCUACAUUGAAGGGUACGGCGCUGAAGGACAGUGACGUGGACCUUGUCGUACGAACCCAGUGCGUCCUUCCACGAUCCACUAUUCGGAAGCUUCACAGGGUGAUCGAGGCUUUCCUCGCCGAACAAUACGGCAACAGAAAUGUGAAGCUUAAAGAGAAGAGGAAAUCGGCCGAGUUUGUCGUACGGGUGCUUCGCACCGCUACCGCUACUGCCGCCGCCGCUAGCUCCCAGGAGGCGGAGGCUCUGCAGCAGCGUGAGGUGGGGGCGGCGGCAGCUGGGGGCCCAGCUGGGGCGCCCUCUGGCCCCGAACGGCGGGAGCAGGGGGAGUGGGAGGAGCUCUCCGCCGACUUGUUGUUCGAGAGCGCCACCCUGGGCCGACCCGUGUCGGUUUCCGACUCCGGUUCAUGUCCCCUGGAGCGGUCACCCCCGGGGCGUACGGCAGUGAUGAUGAUGAAGAUCUUUCAGCGAAAGGCUGGCAGCUUGCCGCCGCUCAAGGGAUACGUUAUCGAGGCGCUGGUACGACAUGUCGUAAGUGACUGCUGUGGGAACGUUUCAGGCGGCCACGAAAUCGCUCCGAAACCUUCGCCGUCGCCAGCAAUGUCGGCGGCACAGGCCUUUUACAUGACACUGAGUUUGUUCUUGGUUGAGCCUGACGCGCGGUCGCUGGAUGGCCGUGUGUGCCACCAACUCGCUGUUCCCUCGGGCUCCCUCUUCGACCGCGGGGAGCUGCACUGCUGGAGACUUAGGGCGGACAGGGCCAUGCGAUUCCUCUCCGACGAGAAAGAAGUGGCGGGAUGUGACGCCGUCGAGCACUUCCGCCGCGUCAUCGAGUUCAAAACAAAGAACGACGAUAACGAUGAGGAUAACGAUGAGGAUGAUGAUGAGGAGGAGGAGGGGGAGGAGGAGGGUGAGGAGGCGCAGCAGGUCGCUGCGAACGCCGUCGGCACCAAAUCGCUUUCGGAGCUCCUCACUGAGCUGGCUCGCGGUGUGACAUUGCAGACGAUUGGAUCCAGAUCUCAGGACCCCUGGAACGUAGUCCGAAAUCAGGAUCCCAGUGAGAUUCGAAACAGCGAUACCGGCGGCGGCGGCGGCGGCGGCGGCGGCGGCGGCGACUGCAGCGGCACCGCUCCUCGCUGGUGUUGCCGCUGGGGCGCGGCGGCAGAGGCUGUAGCUGUGGAUAUGGAAGCGGCGGCGGCGGCGGCGGCGGUGACCCGGGCGAUGACGGAAGCCGGCGCCGUGGCUGUUGAAGCACCGGCAGUAGCCGAAACGGACCUGGCGGCGGCAGCUCCCGACUCGUCUGUGGCCCAGAUCGAUGCUGCACCCACUGGGUACCCAGCUCCUUCAGCUGCGGCUGCAGCUGCGACUACCAGCGUCGGAGAACCGGGUGGUGGUGAUGCGGCUCUUGAUGCGGCUCUUGAUGGCCGGGUACUGGCUACCAGCACCGCAGUCACACUACCCCCAACCCCGGCACCGGCCCCAGCCCCGGCUGUGGCUGCAGCUGCGGGGCUUGCAAAGUCGUCUGCAGAGGAGCUGACGGCGGCCCGUGCCGUACCCCCGGGGGGUAUCAUCGCGGCUUCAGUCCCGGGAGAGCUGGCCAACACCACGCCUCUUUUUGGCUCCGGAACCAUCGUCUCAACCUUCGGAGCGCCAGUGCCAGCUGCUCGAGGUCUGUCCUCCAGAUCACACAAUUCCGUCUGGUGCCCGGUGGAGAGAGCUAGUUCCGGAACCAGUGGAAGGCCCCAAAUUAGCGCCUUUGGCACCGGCUCCGAAACCGUUGACCGCGCUUCUGAGCCAGUCGCUGCCAGCCAGGCGAUGGAGCGGCCAACAGCCAUCGGCAACGCUGCUGCAUUCGCCGUGCCGCUGGCGGUACGGCUGGCGGCGGCGGCGCAGUCGAGGCGGCUUGACGACCCAGCAGACGAGGAGCCGGCGGGCGUUGUACAUGCGGAGGCGGCGGAAGCGGAGGCGGCGGAGGCGGAGGCGGCGGAGGCGGAGGCGGGCCGCCGCCGGGCUCUGUCCGCGGUCAGGUACCUGCCGCCGCCGGGGCCGCUCGCCAUGGCAGCGGCACCGGUGCAGGCGGCGGCAGCGGGUGAGUGGUUGAAUGGAAUGGGGGUGCUAACGUCGCCUGCGUCAGAGGCGGUGGCGGUGCUGCCACUGCAGGCGGUGACGACGACGACGACGACGACAGUGCCGACAGCGGCAGUGCAGCCGCCUGCGUCAACACCAUCGAUCCGUACAGCAACGGCGGAGGUGACGGCGGCGCCGCCAGAGACGGCGACGCCGUCAUCGUUUGGGGCAGUGGCGGUACCAGGGGAAUCUGGAUUACCUUUGCCAGCGGCGACGUCACCGGAGGAUACGCCCAGCUUUACGUCGCCGUACUCUCCGGCAGAUCCUGUAGUGGGGCCAGCGGAAAUCAGCGGCGCCGCCGAUGCCGCUCCUGCUUCGCCGACGUCGUCGUACAGCGUCUGGGACACUGGUCUAAACUUUGAACUAGGGAGCCCCACCGCCGCUGCCGCCGCCGCCACCGCACCCUGCUCCGCGGCGGCGGCGAUGACGACAACGACUGGUACGGAAGCCCUGCAGUGGGAAUCCGCCGCCGUCGUUACGACAAGUCUGUCGUCUCCACCGCAAUCACCGCCGUUGGCAUCGGGGAUAUCGUCGUACAGGGGUUCGGCUAGUACGGUGAUUACCGAAGGCAUUGCAAGCCAACAAGUCAGGGGUGGUGGUGGUGGUGGUGGUGGCAGCGGCGGCCGGCCCAUCGACAUCGACCAUCCCUUAGCAUUGUUGUUUGCUCACCCCCUGUCGGCGGCAGAACGCGCGCGCUGCUUUACGUACGGCAAGCCCAGUGCCGGCCGCCACGUCCCUGCGGCGGCACCGGCAGGCGCCGCCGCUUCCGCCGCUGCUGCGGCACUUAACCUCCCGUCGACGCUGAGCCUAGAGGCCGUCGGUUUCGCAGAUGUGCCUUCCGCAUCUUCGAGGGGAGAGAAGGCGCCGUGUAAUACGGCGCUGCCGCAGCCGUAUGGACCGACGCAGCUGCCGCAUGGCCCGACGGCGGCGGCGGCGGCAGCGGCAGAGAUGCACCACCAUUACACAUCGCUCACGAGGCCACCGCCGCCGCUGCAGACCUUCGCCGGGCCGUCAUAUCCACCUCUACAGGCUCGAUCCAGGUUGUCGCACCAUUUGCCAUCAUCAUCACAUUCAUCAUCACAUUCAUCAUCAUCGCAUUCAUCAUCACAUUCACCAUCACCUCCAUCUGCAUUGGAGGCAAAGCCAGAUGUAGACGCAGCGGACCCCAUUCCGGAUCCGGAUCCAGGCCUAGAAUUGGAUCGCGACUCGAGCGUUGGAUCCGACGCGGAUCCGGAUCCCGGCGCCAGCGGCCUGGAGACUGCCUUGGGGAUCAUGUCAUUAUCACAGUCCGCGCCACUGCAGCCUCCACAGCCACGACCACUACCGGGGGCGCGGGUAGCAGCAGAGCCCACAGCACCCCCCGCCUCCCGAUUCUCCUCCACCGCCUCCGUCGCACACGGAGAAGCCAGAGCAGCAGCGAGAUGGCCCGACGGGUCUGGGACAGGGACAGGGACAGGGUCUCAAACUCCCCAAGCAGCGACGGCGGAGGCUGUUGCAGUUGCCGUACAGCCGUUGGCGGCAGGAAAUGUCAAUACAACGGCUGUGCGGCACCGAAAGGCCAACUCAGGCAACGGCUUUGACAUCGGCAGGGCCGUCGACGCCACCACCGGCGCCGACGCCGACGCUACCACCGGCGCCGCGCGCAGCGGCCGUCAGAGUGCUUUUCCCAGUGUUGGAAGGCCCGGCUCGAACAGCAACGGCCGCCUCGACCAUAGCCGCUUGGUCUGGUUGACCGGCCAGAUGCCGAUGGGAUUGACUCGCUCACGGACAGAACCUGAGUCAAGUCCUCGUCAAGCGGGUGGCAGCCGCAGCUGUGGUGGCGGCGGCGCCAGUGGCAGCAAUGCCGUAAUGCCGCCUAGCACGCCUGAAGCACCAUCGCACGGCAAGCCAGCCCGGGUGGUUACGAUCCCGGAUCCAAACGCGUCUGCAGCUGAAGGCGGCGAUGAAAGCGACACCGCGGCCAUCGUAGCUACCGCUGCCGCUGGGCCAGCAGUGGCGCGUCUGGCAGCGCCGGCGGCGGCGUUGGGCGGUAGCGGCACGACGGACAGCCCGGCACGUGUUGAAAUUGCAGCGGCAGCACAAAAUGGCGCUGUAGCCCGCGCACAUCGUGGCCUUGACGGCGGCCGGGGCGAGAACGGUGGCGGAGGUGACGGCCGGGGCGACGGCUGCGACGGGGUUGGCAACGGAGGUGAAGCCGACGGUAGCACUGACGUCAGCUGCCAGGCCACCUGUGUACCAGCGGAUGUCUUGAAGCAGGCUGUACCACCGGCUGGCCCGCCGCCGCAAGAGCCGUUGCCAAUGCCAACGCCACGCCACGAUAUUUUUUCUCCGGAGGUGCAGGAGGUCAUCGCCACGUUGCGGGCCGAGUUUGAACAACGGUACCGUGCCGCGACUCUGCAUUUGAUCGUCGCAAGUAGUGAGGUGUAG